GUCUGCCAAUGUAAAUAAAUACACACAUUUUCAUCACCUUCACUCAGAUUCAUCACUUUCAUUCCCAAUCAGAGCUCAACAAUUUACUGGAUCUAUGGCGAGGAUGUACCGGAAGUUAGCAACAUGCGGUGGUGAAGGAGGAAGUGAAUGGGACGAUGAUGUAUACGAAGGUGUACGAAAAGUAUAUGUUGGGCAAGAUCUCUCACGUAUCACUUACAUCAAAUUCGACUACGUGAAGUUCGACGGUGAAGUAGUAACACGUGAAUAUGGGACAGAAAGUCAACACCCUAAAGAGUUUGAAGUUCAAUAUCCGGACGAACACAUCAUAUCGGUGGAGGGAAGCUACAAGAAAGUGGAUCUAUAUGCCACGGACGUGAUCACGUCUCUCGUCUUCAAGACCUCAAAGGGUAGAAAGUCUCCAAUGUUUGGUCCAAACUUGCUCGGACUUGUGACCCAGAUUACAGAGAGUUACAAGUAGCGGAAGACAACAAUCUACAACACAACAACGAAGAACAGAGUGUAAAACACAACUACUAUACCCAAAGCCAAGAACCGGCGCGAAAGGUGGUAGGAC